AUGGCAGGCUUUCUUAUCCCAGAUACCUACCAGGUAGUUCCGCCAUCUCUCGAUGAGCUCUUAAUGGCUAGCAUUAUUUGGGGCUUCUCGUUGGCAGCCGCCCUAUUUAGCGGCGUUAAAUGUAUCCGACAAACCUCAGCCUCCUGGAAACGAUCCAAACGGAUCAGCCCUUACAUCGUUAUGAUAUGGGCAGAGUUGAUCGUUUCCACGGCAAUUGGCAUUAUAUGUUGGCUCUUUAUCAGGGGAAUCCUUCCGGCAAGCUUCUGGGCAUUUUUCUUUGUGUUAUGCCUCUGGACCGUUCAAAUUCAGUGCAUCUGCGGAAUCAUCAUCAACCGAAUCGCUCUGUUAAUGUUCGAUCGCCGACAGGCUAACAAGAUUAAAUGGAUCGUGGCUAUCAUCUUGGGUUUGGUUAACAUUAGUGUAUUUUGUAUUUGGUUACCGGCACGUCUGCAGAUAUCCGCCACAUUCAUCCAUGUCAAUGAGAUUUGGGAUCGGAUUGAAAAGGGCAUUUUCCUCGUCAUCGAUGCGGGUCUCAACUUUUACUUUCUCUAUCUAGUCCGAACCAAGUUGAUUGCGAAUGGCCUACAGAAGUAUAUGCCACUUUUCAAGUUCAAUAUGCUCAUGGUUGCCGUUUCCAUAAGUCUGGAUAUCAUUUUAAUCGGCAGCAUGUCAAUAGGAACCGGUGUCAUCUACAUGUUAUUUCAUCCUCUUGUCUACAUUCUCAAGCUACAUAUUGAGAUGAACAUUGCAGAUCUCAUCGUCAGGGUUGUCAAAGCCACAUCUGACAACAAGAGCUAUGGAAACGACACAGAGUUGCGGUCGAAACGAACCAGAGGAGCGAUUGGCGAAGACGGCUCAGUAAUCAGGACAACCAACGGGCGAACAUUGGACCACUUUGGGGGAACCCAGGUCGACAUCGAAGUAUCUUCCGGCGGAUACAAUAAGGGAGAUAUUGGUGGAGGCAUUACCAAGGUCGUUCAUACCAGGGUGACAUCCAAGAGAUGCGACGAGUCUGAAGACGGUGAUAACGGUUCAGAGUCGUUGGCCAGUCUGAAGGAGCGCAUGCCAAAUGGUUCUUUCGUCUAG